GAUGCCGACGUCCGGAAGCUGUUCGAGUUGAUCGCGCAUCUUCGAGCGCAGAAGGGCUUUCCCAACCACUUGGUCGCCCAUGGCCCUCGAGAUCCUGAAGGUGAUGAAGCCAGCGACCAGGACACUUCGGAUGGUGAUGGUGAGGAAUCGCUUGAGGAGAGCCCCAGUCGUGGGGUUGGUGAAGGCGGUGAAGAGGAAGGUUGUCCCGCGGACAAAAAGGAGGUGGUGGACACCGAGACUGGGGUUCCAGAACGGGUGGAGGAGCGGCCACCUAUGGAUGUUGAGAUCAUCGAUAUC